AUGGCCCUGACCAAACCGCACCGCGUCCCUGUGAUCGUCAUCGAGACCGGUGUUGUCCCGCUGCCCCGCGUCGGGGAACAGGAGAGCAUCCCUGUCAUGAGGAGCCAGUGGUUCAUAGACGGCACCUGGCUCCCAUUGGAGGAGGACGAGAGUGACCUCAUCGAGGUGGAGCACCUGAUCUGUUUCCAUGGGCAACACACGCAGGACAGGUUUGACUCCAACUCUGUGGUGGCCAAGACAGUCGACAGCAAAGAUGCUGUCCAUAGUCUGAAGUUGAGUCGUACCCACGUGGACGAGGUCUACCUCUACAGCAAUACCACCGCCUCCAGAAAGAUCGCCCGCACCGUCACCCAGAAACUGGGCUUCUCCAAAGCCUCCAGCAGUGGUACGCUCCCCCGGGGAGACAUGGAGGAGGCCUCACUGGAGGACAAACCCCCCCAGACCACACACAUUGUCUUCGUGGUCCACGGCAUUGGACAGAUGAUGGACACGGGGCGCAUCGUCAAGAACACUGGCAUAGCUUUAGGACACGCUAAGAGAGGCAGUAAGGAGGAGAAGCACUUUUUAGAGCACACAGAGGAGUAUGUGGACUUCCUGCCUGUGGAGUGGCGCUCCAAACUGGCACUGGAUGGGGAUACGGUGGACUCCAUCAUCCCAGACAAGGUGCGAGGACUGAGAGACCUGCUCAACAGCAGUGCCAUGGACAUUAUGUACUACACCAGUCCCUUGUACAGGGACGAGAUCACCAGGGGCCUGACGUCAGAGCUGAACCGCCUCUACACCCUGUUCUGCUCCAGAAACCCUGAGUUUGAGGAGAAGGGGGGCAAGGUGUCCAUCGUGUCGCACUCCCUGAGCUGCGUGAUCACCUUUGACAUCAUGACAGGCUGGGACCCGGUGAGGUUCUGUCUGCAGGAGCACCAGGAGCUGGAGGAGGAGCUGGACCUGAGAUGGGUCUCCUACGAGGAGAGACGCCUGCUGGAGCAGCUGCAGUUCACUAGGAACCGGUUACGAGAGCUGGAAGAUCAGCUUCAAGGCCUGGAGGCCUCCAAACCGCUAGCACCCCCUGCUCUGAAAUUGAAGGUGGAGAAUUUCUUCUGUAUGGGCUCUCCCCUGGCGGUGUUCCUGGCCCUGAGAGGGAUUAAACCAGGGAACAGUGGAGAACAGGACCACCUUCUGCCUCGCUCCAUCUGCCAGAGGCUCUUCAACGUCUUCCACCCCACAGACCCCGUGUACAGAUGCAAGCCCCUCAUCCUUAAACAUUACAGCAAAAUUGCACCUGACAGAUACACUGACCCCACGCCAUACGAUGAGAUCCGGCCAACCUUCAUCAACCCACAGAAGGAACCGACGUCAGACACAGAGAGCAUCCCCAGCCCCUCCACUUCCCCUGUCCUGGCCAGGAAAUACUACAGAGAGUCUAUCGCCAGCAUGGGCAAGGCCAGCAUCCUGGGAGCGGCCAGUAUAGGUAACAGUAUAGGGGGGGAUGGGAUACUGUUCUCCCGGUUCUCCCACUCUGCGCCCUCCGGAGUGUCCUUCGGCAUCGAGGGCUGGACCCCAGAGGGAGAGGAGCCGAAGAGGACAGUCGACAGCCAAUCAGCUUACGGCCUUUCGUCCACCUUGUCCCAGUCUCCCUCCACCCUCAUAGACCCCUCAGUGGAAAUAGAGCGCUGCAUCGGUAUGGAACUCCGUGAGGGCCUUGUGGAGAGCCGCUAUUGGUCAGCGGUGAUCUCACAUACAGCCUAUUGGGUCUCACACGAUAUUGCGCUCUUGCUACUGACGUUCAUAUACAAGCAGGCCAACAUGCCGCCACCCACAGAAGACAGUCCUGACCCAGAGUAAACACACAGAGAGAGACUCCAUGUCCACACUCACACAACACAGCAUCUUUAUCACUCUCUGUUACUCCAUUCUCUCUCUGUUUUUAUACUGACAUAUCACUACUAACACACAGACUUUGUACUGUUUAGGAUGGGAUGGAUACACACUCACCCAAGGGUGACACAUUGGAUUAUGCCCCCCGGAGGAGGGCUGCCUGCCUGUCACUGUUAUGACCAGUCCCAAUGCAUGCUCUAUGAAGCAUGGGGGAUAGUAGGAUCCUCUAUGUAUCCUCCCAGCCAGUCCAGCCGCCAACGAGUAUGUCAGAGAUUCCAUUGCACACUACCGAAGGGGUGUCCUCUUCCUCAAAGAUCACUGUCUCUGUCUGAAACUGCUGCCCUCCUGGAUGUACACAUCUCCAGCUCCCCCCAUGUGUAGCAGCCAUGGUUCAGCCCAACCCAAAUCUUUCCUCUCCUCCACAGACCGUGGAGGAGAGGAUGUACAAGUCAGCCUGGCCCCCUCAGUAAACUCCCUCAUCCUCACUGGUCUGUCUCUUCUUACACUAUGCUUCCAUCUACAAGGACCUGGGCUGAAUACUGGGACCCUUAGUCUCAACGCCUACAGUAUGUCACUGUCUGAGCAAACUCAAUGCAACUUUCAAAGUGGUCUAAACUUUAUUUAUAUAUUAAAAUGUUAAUAUAUUACCCUAAGAAAAUAAUACGGCAUAGUUCCUAUUUUUCUCUUUGUUGUGGAAAUGUAAAAAAAAGGGGAGAU